AUGGCGUUUCGGUGUCAGCGGGACAGCUAUGCCCGGGAGUUCACCACCGCGGUGGUCUCCUGCCGCCCUGCAGAGUUGCAGAUCGAAGGAAGCAACGGCAAGAGGGAGGUGGUGAGCGGUUUCCACGUGGUGCUGGAAGACACGCUGCUUUUUCCCGAGGGCGGGGGACAGCCUGAUGACCGAGGGACAAUCAAUGACAUCGCUGUUUUGAGAGUGACCCGCCAGGGUUCCCAGGCCCAUCAUUUCACACAAACACCCCUGAACCCCGGGAGCCAGGUGCAGGUCCGGGUGGACUGGGAGCGGAGGUUUGAUCACAUGCAGCAGCAUUCAGGACAGCAUCUCAUCACAGCAGUUGCUGACCAUCUGUUUGGAUGGAAAACAACAUCCUGGGAGUUAGGACGACUCCGGAGUGUGAUUGAGCUGGACAGCCCCUCUGUGACUGCAGAGCAAGUAACUGCCAUUGAGCAGAGCGUCAAUGGGAAAAUCAGAGACCGGCUGCCCGUGACUGUACGAGAACUGAGCCUGGAUGACCCUGAGGUGGACCAGGUGAGGGGCCGGGGUUUGCCGGACGAUCACGCUGGGCCCAUUCGAGUCGUUACCAUCAAGGGCGUGGAUUCCAACAUGUGUUGUGGGACCCAUGUGAGCAAUCUCAGUGACCUUCAGGUGAUUAAGCUCCUGGGCACUGAGAAAGGCAAAAAGAACAAAACCAACCUGGUAUUUCUGGCUGGGAACCGGGUGCUGAAGUGGAUGGAGAGAAGUCACGGGACUGAGAAAGCCCUGACCGCUCUGCUUAAGUGUGGAGUGGAGGACCAUGUGGAAGCAGUGAAAAAGCUACAAAACGCAACCAAGCUUCUGCAGAAGAACAACCUGAAUCUGCUGAGAGACUUGGCUGUGCACACAGCCCAUAGCCUCAGAAACAGCCCAGACUGGGGAGGUGUGAUUGCAUUACACAGGAAGGAGGGUGAUUCUGAGUUCAUGAAUAUCAUUGCCAAUGAGAUUGGGUCAGAGGAGACCCUCCUGUUCUUAACCGUGGGUGAUGAGAAGGGGGCUGGGCUCUUCUUGCUGGCAGGACCAGCCGAGGCUGUGGAGAACCUGGGACCCAGGGUUGCUGAGGUUCUGGAAGGCAAAGGAGCCGGGAAGAAAGGCCGCUUUCAAGGCAAGGCUACUAAGAUGAGUCGGCGGGCUGAGGCGCAAGUGCUUCUCCAGAACUCUAUCAGCACGGAGAGAGCUGAGGUGUGAGGCCGCCUGAGGUCCUCCCGGUGUGCCUGCUGUUGUGACCGCAGAAGGAGUCUGAUGGACAAUAAAAUAUA